AUGCAGGCAUUAGAGAGCAUGACAGUCCUGCUCCCAUGGCUUCUGAUUCAUCAUCUCAGUGCACUCACUCCUGGACAUACUUCAAAAUGUGUCCUGCAAAAUGAUUUUGAGCCAGGCCUUAUGGCAAAUGGAGAUUAUGUAAUAGGUGGUAUUUUUCCAUUGCACUACAAUCAGGAAAUGCCAGACCUUAACUGUACUUACAAACCGGGGCCAGUCAAAUGUAAUGGAUUUGAUCCGAGAGCUUUCCGCUGGGCCCUUACUAUGAAACUUGCUGUAGAGGAAAUAAACAAGCGAGCCGAUCUCCUGCCUAACUACAGUCUGGGUUACACAAUCUUUGACUCAUGUGCAUACCCUCUGACAGGGCAGAGAUCAGCAGUAGCUGUUCUAAAUGGGCCACAUGGGGAAAAUAGUCCUAUGUGUGAAGGUGCUGGUCCACUGCUUGCUAUCAUCGGAGAAUCUGGGUCAGCUCAGUCUAUUGUAGUUUCAAGAAUUUUGAGGCCUUUUGGGAUACCAAUGAUCAGUUAUUUUUCAUCCUGUGCCUGUUUAAGUGACAGGCAAGAAUUCCCCACAUUCUUCAGAGUCAUCCCUAGUGAUGCCUAUCAAGUAAAGGCCAUUGCAAAACUCCUGCUGCAUUUUAAGUGGACCUGGGUAGGAGUGGUACGAGGAGAUCACGAGUAUGGUCGCUUUGCUCUUCAGGGCUUACUGAAGGAGCUGGAGGGUACAGGAAUAUGUGUUGCUUAUCAGGAGAUGAUUCCUCUCUUAUACGAGCGUCAAAGAGCACUGGAAAUCAUUCGUGUCAUGAACCAUUCCACUGCUCGGGUGGUAGUGGUGUUCUCAGCUGAAGGGGAGCUCACACCCUUCUUGAGAGACUACAUGGAACAGAAUGUCACUGGGAUACAGUGGAUUGCUAGUGAGGCAUGGGUUACAGCCUCUGUGUUCACAGGAAGUGAAUAUUACCCUUUCUUGGGAGGGACCAUAGGAUUUGGUAUACGACAGGGCCAAAUCCCUGGGUUAAGACAGUAUCUCACAACAGUCAAUCCAGAAAAGUACCCCUCAAAUCCUCUGGUUCACGAGCUGUGGGGGGCUUUAUAUGGCUGCUCCCCCUCCAGUUCCAGCUUGAAUAAUCAUCUGCCCUCCUGUACAGGGAAGGAGACUCUAAGGGUGCAGCACUCUGCCUAUUUUAACACUUCCAGCCCCCGCAUUUCCUAUAAUGUUUAUAAAGGAGUCUAUGCCAUUGCUUAUUCCCUGCAUAAUCUUAUUCACUGUACACCUGGAAAAGGGCCAUUUAGUAACUCCACAUGUGCAAACUUGCGCAGUGUCUACCCAUGGCAGUUACAGCAGUAUCUACAAGAGGUGUCAUUCACUAUUUCAGGAGAGACAGUGAAGUUUGACAUGAAAGGCGAUUCUAUUCCAUCUUAUGACCUUAUAAACUGGCAGAGGGGCUCAGCUGGAAAUAUUGAGUUUGUUAAUGUGGGCAUGUUUGACGGUGCACAAGAAUCUGGCCAAGAACUGGUCAUCCAGGAGAAGGCUAUCAUUUGGCCCGGCCAUCAGACUGAGGUGCUGGUGUCUGUGUGCAGCAACAGCUGUGCUCCAGGAUUCAGGAAAGCUGUCCGCCGUGGCCAGCCUUUGUGCUGCUUUGACUGUGUACCAUGUGACAGUGGCAAAAUCAGUAAUAAGACAGAUUCAGUAGAGUGUAUGGCCUGUUCUGAAGAUUACUGGUCAAAUGCUGAUGGAACAGUGUGCAUUCCAAAAGUGGUCGAAUUCCUGUCCCAUGAUGCAAUGGGAUUGACCCUAACAGUAAUAGCUUUAGUUGGGGCGUGCCUAACUUUAGCUGUGUUUGCUGUAUUUCUCUAUUACAGAAACACUCCUGUAGUACGCAUAAAUAACUCAGAACUCAGUUUUUUCAUUUUGUUAUCGCUGACUCUAUGUUUUCUAUGUGCUUUGGUGUUUAUUGGGGAACCUACAUCCUGGUCCUGCAUGCUGCGGCACACUGCCUUCAGCAUCACUUUCUCUCUCUGCAUCUCCUGCAUCCUGGGCAAGACUUUGGUGGUUUUGGCAGCUUUUACAGCUACCCGUCCUGGAAACAAUAUAAUGAAAUGGUUGGGCCCCACACAGCAGAGAAUAAUCAUCUUCUGCUGCACUCUGGUCCAGGUGAUCAUAUGUACUGCUUGGCUUGUAGCAUCCCCUCCUUUCCCCUAUAGAAACACUAAAUAUACACAGUCCAAGAUCAUCCUGGAUUGCAGUGUGGGCUCUGAUCUGGCCUUCUGGUGUGUGCUGGGAUAUAUUGGCCUUUUGGCUUGUGUCUGUUUUUUUCUGGCUUUUCUGGCCCGGAAGUUGCCAGGCAAUUUUAAUGAGGCCAAAUACAUCACCUUCAGCAUGCUUAUAUUUUGUGCAGUGUGGCUAGCAUUUGUACCUGCAUAUGUCAGUUCACCUGGUAAAUUUACAACUGCUGUGGAAAUUUUUGCCAUUUUAGCUUCUAGUUUUGGUCUCCUCUUCUGCUUGUUUACCCCCAAGGUUUAUAUAAUUUUAAUAAAGCCUCAGAAAAACACCAAACAACAUCUAAUGGGAAAAGACAAAUAA